GUUAUAUCUUUUAUUAAAUUAAAAAAAUAUAAAAAAGUCAAAAUCAGUUUGACCAAACCAAUUUCUGUCUAUCAAAAUUUUGUAUUGGGAUAAAAUGAUAGCAUAAAAAUAAUAAUUUAUUAUUCCACAGAAAAUAUACCAAAUCCCACAUUUUUCUUUUUCCUCUUAGAUUCUUUCUCUAGGGUCUGUCUCAAAGUCACUCUCUUUCCACUGAACAGAACAAAGAGAAAAAGAAGGGAAGAAAACCAUGCUGUCCCCAACCCCACUCUCUCUUUUUUGUGCUUUACUCCUCUGCUUGCCUUUAGCCGUUAUUAUUACAAUCACUUCGCCGACAACCACCGUCCACGACGGUUCCGGACACAACCUAGUUCCAGAUUUGGACCCUCCGCCCAAAACCCAACAAAGAUUCUCUUCCAAGCCACUGCCUUUACCAUUGCAUGACGACGAUUCACUCUUCCGAGUCGCUUCCCGAGUCAACUCAAAACUCCCUCCCGGUUCACCCAAAAAGAUUGCAUUUUUAUUCCUCACUAUUUCGCCUCUGCCUUUCGCUCCGCUUUGGGAGCUUUAUUUUAACCAAACCCCCAAAGAUCUCUUCAAUGUUUAUGUCCAUGCCGACCCGAGUUACCUUUACGACCCGCCGUUCUCGGGUGUGUUCACUCACCGAGUCAUCCCUUCAAAACCCGCUCUCCGUUUCACCCCAACUCUCGCUUCUGCUGCCCGGAGGUUAUUGGCUCACGCGCUGCUUCAUGAUCGUUCCAAUUACAUGUUUGUCCUCUUGUCCGCCUCUUGCAUUCCCAUUCACUCUUUUGACUUCACCUACAAAACGCUCACUCGGUCAAAGAAAAGCUUUAUCGAGAUACUGAACAACGAGGUCGGGAGUUACGAUAGGUGGGCGGCGCGUGGAAAAGACUCGAUGUUGCCGGAGGUUACGUUGGAGGAUUUCAGGAUUGGGUCUCAAUUUUGGUCGCUGACACGUAAGCACGCGAAGCUCGUCGUUGGUGACGAGGUGAUAUGGGCGAAGUUCAACCAACCGUGUGUGGUGUGGGACACGUGUUACCCGGAGGAAAACUAUUUUCCCACCCUCAUACACAUGCGGGAUCCACGUGGCGCAGUGCCAGCCACCCUAACACACGUGGACUGGAACGGCAGCUUCGAUGGUCACCCGCGCAUGUACGUCGAGUCCGAGAUUGGGCCUCAGUUGAUCUCACGGCUAAGAAAAGACGAGCCUCGAUACGGUGACGACGGGACCUACGGCUCUGAUUCACCGGCGACGAAGCAACGGCGGCGUUUUCCGUUCUUGUUCGCUCGGAAAUUCUCCCCGGGGUCAAUUCAACCGUUGUUGAGAAUAGCAAAGGACGUCGUAUUCAAGGAUUAAACCAAUUUGUGAAUGCACGUUUAUGUUGUAAAAUUCCGGUUUUUUUUUCCCCUUUGUAACUGUCAAAAGUGAAACUCAAAACAUAAUAUAUAAAGACGGGAAAGCUGGGAAAGAACCCAGUGAUGGUUGUUUCCAUGUGAACGCCUUUUGUUUCCGAGUGAA